CAAUUGUAGGACCAUGCUCACAUGAAAACUGCAUGUUGCUGAGCUGUUUGCUUUGGAACGGUUUUCUUGAAGAGCGUUGACUGGCCCUACCCGCUGAUCCUGCCCUCCCCCUGGAUUGAAAGAGUGCAUCAGCGCAAGGUUGAAGACUUUCAAAGUUCCCAGUUGCACCGAAUGAUGUCUCCUGUAGCCCAGCGCCUUUUGCUACUGCUCGUCUGCUUGACUUUCUCCGUGUACGGAGUGGAAAAGGUGAGAAGUAGAGAAUACCGAAAGGAUCCUGACGGGGAUAAGUAUGGCAGCUGCAUGCAGGGUCCAGCAGGAACUCCCGGCAGAGAUGGUAACCCAGGGGCUAACGGCAUCCCCGGAACUCCGGGCAUCCCUGGACGUGAUGGACUCAAAGGGGAGAAGGGCGAAUGUAUCAACGAGAUCUUCGAGGAGCCCUGGAGGCCCAACUACAAGCAGUGUGCCUGGAACUCCUUGAAUUAUGGGAUCGACCUUGGAAAAAUAGCUGACUGCACAUUUACCAAGCUGCGCUCAGACAGCGCCCUCAGAGUCCUCUUCAGCGGCUCCCUCAGACUCAAGUGCAAGAACGCAUGUUGUCAAAGGUGGUACUUCACCUUCAACGGAGCAGAGUGCAUGGCACCACUACCCAUCGAGUCCAUCAUAUACCUGGACCAAGGCAGUCCAGAGCUCAACUCAACCAUCAAUAUCCACAGAACAUCCUCAGUGGAAGGACUGUGUGAGGGUGUGAAAGCAGGGUUGGUGGACGUGGCUGUAUGGGUGGGGACCUGCGCUGACUAUCCCCGCGGUGAUGCAUCCACGGGGUGGAAUUCAGUUUCCAGGAUUAUCGUCGAAGAGCUUCCCAAAUAAUAACUGUUGCAUAAGAGGUAUGGGAUCAGCCCUGCUAGUCUGGUCUUCUAAAAUGAGCAGGUAUGAUUUGCCGAGGCCUCACACAACACUGAUGGGAACGUCAAUGUUUUGUUGACAGUCACUAUUUGGCUGGCCAUUCACUUUACAAGAAAAAAAAAAAACUGUACUGUAUUGUACUGUAAUGUCAAUGUUCCCUGGUGCUAUGUGCAGUAAUUGACAGUAUGUAAACUUGUACUCUUAACUUUUUGUAUGUCUUUUUACUGAUAAUAAAUAAUCUUUUUGAGGUUUCUUAAAGUGA